GUAAAAAGAGAAGCUGAAAGGAAAACGCACAUAGCCUCCCUCCGUCACCCAUUACAUUACAGACACCCAAAGAGAAAGAAGAAAGACUCCAAACAAUUACUCUCAUUUUCCUCGGAAACGAACGAUGGAGAGAGCUACACUUUCCCCGAGUCUUAAUCAAAGUUACCUGCUUUCUCCUUCACGCGCCUCCACCACGCGCCUCCAUUCAUUCUCCUUCACUCGGAACUUAUCGCCAUCAACUUCCUCCAUCAAGCUUCAGCCUUCUUCUUCCUCUGUCUCUUCAAGUUUCAUCAAUGGCGGAGUCUCUCUUACUCGGUGCAACGCCGUCCUGUCAAACUCUUCUUCCAGUACGGAUGCGUCUGAGGUAGCCGACAUAGAUUGGGACAACAUCGGGUUCGGUCUUAAGCCGACCGAUUACAUGUACGUCAUGAAAUGUAACCUUGGGGGUGAGUUCUCUAAUGGUGAGUUGCAACGUUUUGGGAACAUUGAAGUCAGCCCAUCUGCUGGUGUACUCAACUACGGACAGGGGUUGUUCGAAGGGAUGAAAGCUUACAGAAAGCAAGACGGUAAGAAUAUCCUCCUCUUCCGUCCUGAAGAGAAUGCUACACGUAUGAGAUGUGGUGCUGAGAGGAUGUGUAUGCCUGCUCCUACCAUUGACCAGUUUGUCAAAGCUGUGAAAGCAACUGUUUUAGCAAAUAAACGUUGGGUUCCACCUCCAGGUAAAGGUUCCUUGUACAUUAGACCGUUGCUAAUGGGAACUGGAGCUGUUCUUGGUCUUGCUCCUGCACCAGAAUAUACUUUCCUUGUCUAUGUCUCUCCUGUUGGAAACUACUUCAAAGAAGGUGUGUCACCAAUCAAUUUGAUUGUGGAAAGUGAAUUUCACCGUGCGACACCUGGUGGUACGGGAGGUGUUAAAACCAUUGGCAAUUAUGCUGCAGUUUUAAAAGCACAGUCGGUGGCAAAAGCCAAAGGAUAUUCAGAUGUUUUGUACCUUGAUUGCAUUUACAAAAGAUAUCUUGAGGAGGUCUCCUCAUGCAAUAUCUUCAUUGUCAAGGACAAUGUGGUCUCUACUCCUGAAAUAAGAGGAACCAUCUUACCAGGGAUUACGCGGAAAAGUAUAGUUGACGUUGCUCGUAGCCAAGGGCUUAAGGUGGAGGAACGGAAUGUGACAGUGGAUGAGUUACUAGAGGCGGACGAGGUUUUCUGCACUGGAACCGCUGUGGUUGUCUCUCCCGUUGGAAGCAUUACUUACAAAGGCAAAAGAGUAUCGUACGGAGAAGGUAGCUUUGGACCUGUCUCGGAGAAACUCUACACCGUUCUGACAAGCUUGCAAAUGGGUCUGACUGAGGAUAACAUGAAAUGGACUGUGAAUCUCAGUUGAAAAAAAACAGGCAAAGGCAUUGUUAUAUCAAUAUAUGACUGCUUAGUUCUUGUUAUCAUUUUCAUGUAGUCUGCGUUUCGUAUUCGUGAAACUAUAAACUGGUCGAUCUUAAAAGUGGAGAUCUUACAACUUA